AUCGCUUGGUUUCAAUCUUUUUACUGGCCGCUUGGAAGACUUCACCUCCAGCCUCAAGAGCGUUCCUCUUCUACAAACCAUAUCACUGAGUUACAACUAUUUCUAUGGUACGGUCCCUUCAUUCCUCGUGAGCCUCCCAACACUCACAUCGCUGAAUCUAAAUUUCAACUACCUGACUGGUAGCGUUCCAGCUGUUGGGACAGUCUUGAAGGAGCUCUACAUCAAAGGCAACUACAUUUCCAGCAUCUUCACAAAUACACUCACCAUUUGCAGCGGCGAUUUAUGCUGCCUCUCCGAUCCCUCCACGUGCACCACUACUGGGACCACCCAGCGAACCGCUGCUGAGUGCUCCGUCUGUAGCCUUAACAAUGGCAUUGGCCCGCUGUGCUGGGGUGCCGGUGGAGACUGUGUGGUUGCUGCUGCGUCUAACAUUGCAGCCGGCACACUGAAUACAUCAGCGCUGAGCCCUGUCCCGCCCAUGCUCUGCUCAGGCGGUCAACUUACUACCAUGUCAUCUACCGCUGUUGGAG